AUGUCAGACUAUCCAGGUGCAGGUAGACAUCACCAAGGACCUAACUACGGCGGUCCACCCGGUGGAGGGAACUACGGGCAUCCCGUCACUUAUGGAGGAGGAGGUCCUGGAGGAUAUCCUUACGGCGCUCCCCCUCCAGGCCCACCUCCAGGUCAAUACGGAGGAGGAUACCAAAAUCAACCUAGCUACGGAGCUCCCCCUCCCGGUCCUCCUCCUCCUCAACAAUACCAUCAUCAGCGACAAGACCUAGCCUAUAACAGCAACGCUCCUUCUUACGGCGCUCCUGCUCCCGCCUAUGGUGGAGGAGACGGUGGAGCCUAUCACAGGAGCCAUAACAGCGGUGGGGGUGGAUUCGGGAGUGGCGGGUGGCAACCUCCGGCUGGGCAAGGGGUUCCUGAUCAUUAUGCCGUCGGAUCGUCUGGGUAUGAUCCCACUCAGCAGCACAUUCGCCCUCACGGACCUCCUCCGGGUGCCCCUGCGCCUUACCGACCGCCCCAAGGCGACCAAUUCUACGGACCGCAGUUCCAGAACGGCAACCAGGGCGGUGGCAGGCAACAACCCUUCUUUCAGUACUCCCAAUGUAACGGGAAACGUAAAGCGCUUGCCAUCGGCUGCAACUACAUUGGUACCUCUCAAGCCCUCGGAGGCUGUAUCAACGACGCGCACAAUAUGGUCAAAUUCCUGUGUGACAGGUUUGGGUAUAAACAGGAGGACAUUGUCGUCUUGACGGAUGAUGCUAGGAACCCGAGGCAGAUCCCGACGAGGGAGAAUAUGAUUGCGGCUAUGAACUGGUUGGUCGAUGGGGCGAGGCCUAACGAUUCCUUGUUCUUCCACUAUUCGGGACACGGAGGACAGACCCAGGACACCAACGGAGACGAAGAGGACGGGUACGACGAGGUCAUCUACCCUCUCGACCAUAAAGUCAGCGGCCAUAUCGUCGACGACGAGUUACACGACAUCUUGGUCAAGCCUUUGCCUGCUGGGUGCAGAUUGACGGCGAUCUUCGACAGCUGUCAUUCGGCUACCGCUUUAGAUCUUCCUUAUGUCUACUCGACCGAAGGAAAGAUCAAGGAGCCCAACCUCCUGGCCGACGCUGGACAAGGCCUCUUGUCAGCUGGUAUGUCUUAUAUGAGGGGAGACGUCGGCGGGAUGCUGUCCGGGGUGAUGGGUCUGGGCAAGAAGAUCAUCAACCAGAACAGCGGGGCUGCGGAAAAAGUCAAACAGACCAAGACCAGCCCGGCGGACGUCGUUUCCUGGUCCGGCUGCAAAGACGAUCAGACCAGCGCUGACACGCAAAUAGCCUCGCAAGCGACAGGCGCAAUGUCAUACGCUUUCAUCUCGGCUCUGAACCAGAACCCGCAGCAGAGCUACCAGCAGUUGCUGGUCACGAUCCGGGAUGAAUUGAAGGGGAAAUACAGCCAGAAACCUCAACUCAGCGCGAGUCACCCUAUGGACACUCAGCUCUUGUUUAUUUGCUAG